AUCCAGGCAUUAGCUUACUACUGACAGAGUUCCAGUACUGCAGAAACCCCCCCACCCCACCACCUCUCUCUCUUUAGCCACUCUCUCACUUUUUUAGCCUGCUGGUGAAAGACAAGAAAAGGGAGCAGGGAGGAGGAGGAAGAGGAGGAUGAGGACAAGUGUGAAACAGAUCCUUUUCACAGAUGACAAAAGAGGAUAUUUUUUUUGCCUUCUCUCUAAUCCCAGCACAGGAUCCAGAGGCACUUGCAAGGCCAGACGGAAGGAUCCCUCCCAUCUGUGAAUCUGUGGGUGUGUGACAUCACCAGCCUGCUCCGUUACUCCCUCCUUAGUUAUCCGCGUCUGGCCAAUCAGUGCCCAGUGACGCGUGAGAAUCCCCCCCCCCCCAAGUCUCGGUUACCAUGACAACGAGCAGUGGUCCAGGCAGCAUCUUGCUGUGGUGAGAAAGAGGGAGGAGAAGAAGGCGGGAGGAGAGGCAGAGAGGCAAGAAGAAAGGGAGGCAGGAGAAUAGAAGAGAACAAAUCCCAGGCAGAGGGAUACCUCUUGGAUCACCAGCCUCUGCCUGUCAGCUGUCUGCACUCAGUACAAACGAAGAUGUCGGAGGCCUGAGUUAAAGCCACUCCAGUCCACCAGAAGGAGUGUGUUCCAGGCCUGGGGCUGGAGCCAGAGACCCCUACCUCAGGGGUUGAAGGGCCCUCACAGCCCGGUGUAAAUCUGGACCAUGGGGGAUGGAGGGGCUUGUGCAGCUGGAGGAAAUGGGGUCAACCUGUCCCAUGUCCUUUUCGACAAAUUUGUCCAGGCGACCACAUUUAAGGGCACGCUCAAGGCCUUCCAGGAGCUGUGUGACCACCUGGAGGUCAAACCCACGGACUGCAAGGUCUUUUAUCACAAGCUCAAGUCCAAACUCAACUACUGGAAGGCCAAGGCGCUCUGGGCCAAGCUAGACAAGAGGGCCAGCCAUAAGGAGUACAAGAAGGGUCGUGCCUGUGCCAACGCAAAGUGUCUGAUCAUCGGUGCGGGGCCAUGCGGCUUACGUACAGCCAUCGAGCUGGCUUUCCUGGGGGCCAAAGUGGUGCUGCUGGAGAAAAGAGACGCUUUCUCCAGGAACAAUGUGCUGCACCUCUGGCCCUUCACCAUCCAGGACCUCAGGGGCCUUGGGGCUAAGAAAUUCUAUGGGAAAUUCUGUGCUGGUGCUAUCGAUCAUAUCAGUAUUCGUCAGCUUCAGCUGAUGCUGCUCAAAGUGGCUCUCCUGGUGGGCAUUGAGAUCCAUGUCAACGUAGAGUUCAAGGGUCUUAUCGAACCCCCUGAGCAUCAAGAGACUGAGAGGAUAGGCUGGAGGGCUGAGGUCCACCCCAGGACACACCCUGCCAGUGAGCUGGAGUUUGAUGUCAUUAUUGGAGCAGAUGGCAGGAGAAACACGCUACCAGGGUUUCGGCGCAAGGAGUUUCGGGGCAAGCUUGCGAUUGCCAUCACGGCGAACUUCAUCAACAGGAACACGACGGCGGAGGCAAAAGUCGAGGAGAUCAGCGGCGUGGCCUUCAUCUUCAACCAGAAGUUUUUUCAAGACCUCAGAGAAGCAACAGGUAUUGACCUGGAAAACAUCGUCUACUACAAGGACGACACGCACUACUUUGUGAUGACUGCCAAAAAACAGAGUCUGCUGGAGAAAGGAGUCAUUCUGCAUGAUUAUGCGGACACGGAGAUGCUGCUCUCCAGAGCUAACGUGGACCAAGUCGCUCUGCUUUCGUAUGCCCGUGAAGCUGCAGAUUUCUCCACCAGCCACCAGCUGCCCUCGCUGGACUUCGCCAUCAACCACUACGGCCAGCCCGACGUAGCCAUGUUCGACUUCACCUGCAUGUACGCCUCCGAGAACGCCGCCAUGGUGCGGCAGCGCAAUGGCCACAAGCUGCUGGUGGCGCUGGUGGGAGACAGUCUGUUGGAGCCCUUCUGGCCCAUGGGCACUGGCAUCGCUCGAGGUUUCCUGGCAGCCAUGGACUCCGGCUGGAUGGUGAAGAGCUGGGCUCAGGGAAAAACCCCUCUGGAGGUGCUUGCUGAGAGGGAAAGCAUUUAUCGUCUACUGCCUCAAACCACACCAGAAAACGUCAGUAAGAACUUCAAUCAGUACAGUGUGGAUCCGACCACACGUUACCCCAACAUUAGCCUUAACUUCCUCAAGCCCAGCCAGGUGCGGCAUCUCGUCGACACGGGGGAGUCGAGGGAGAUGCGCAUUGAAAUAGAGAAUGUAAUCAACUCGUCAACACCCAAGUUGGCCAGGAAUGACAAUUAUCUGCUUGACAAGCAGUUGCAAGAAUCCGUUGCUCGCUCUAGUAAACUGCUCAACUGGUGCCAGAGACAGACGGAGGGAUACAGGAAUGUUAAGGUCAUAGACCUUACCAUGUCGUGGAAGAGCGGCCUGGCCCUGUGUGCCCUUAUUCAUCGAUACAGACCUGAUCUCAUUGACUUUGACUCGCUGGACGAGCGAGACCAGGAGAAGAACAACCAGUUGGGCUUUGACGUGGCAGAGAGGGAAUUCGGCAUCUCGCCCUGCAUGACUGGCAAGGAGAUGUCUUCUGUGGUUGAGCCGGAUAAACUCUCUAUGGUCAUGUACCUCAGCCAGUUCUAUGAGAUGUUUAGGGACACAGUGCCACCUGGAGAUAACCACAACCUGAGUCCCGAGGAGAAGGCAGCACUCAUAGCCAGCACCAAGUCUCCCAUCUCAUUCCUGAGCAAACUUGGUCAGAGCAUAGCAAUAUCCAGGAAACGAAAUCCAAAGGACAAAAAGGAGAAGGAUGUCGACAGUUUGGGGAAGAGGAGGAAAACCAGUCAGUCUGAAGAUGAGGAAGUUUCUAGGGCGAGCCGUGACGACAGGACGUCUGUCCCCACUAUCCUCUCUGAGAGAAAAAUGGACUCCGCUGCCGUAGGCAACAACAACAAAGUCAAGGUCAUGGCCACCCAGCUACUUGCCAAAUUUGAGGAGAACGCCCCUGCGCAGUCGGGACUCAAACGACAGGCGGACUCACUGCCCAAUCUGGACCGCCUUUUACACUCGUCCCCACCCAAACCCCCUGUGAAAGAGCCAAUGUGGCUGGCACCUGUUCCAGCAUGGAGAAAGAGACGCACACAGCAGCAGGAGCAGCUGAGCAUUCGCUACAAAGAAAUGAUCAAGUGUCAGACACUGCCCAACAGAGGGGAUCAGGCCAGAAGUGGUGCAGACCAGCUGUGCAGUUCGGGCCCUCGAAGUUGCCCAAAGAAAACCAUACUGCUCCCUUCUUCUGCCUCCACUUCUUCGCUCUCUCUUCACACUGAGAAUUCACAUGGAAACCCAGAGGAAGAGGAACUUGAAUACUACGAAAGGCCUCUGAAAUACGGGGAGUGGGAUCCACUGCACCUGACAGACCCAGGAGCCAUUCACAUACCUGGUAUACAGGAGAGAGCCAACUGCCUCAUUGCAAAGUUUAAGGGCAAACCCGACAAACCACCAAAGCCUAAGAAAAAGCCGUCCCGUUUCUUUUUAGAGCAGUGGUACAGUUCCCGAGGCGUCAGUCCUGGGUCACCACUGUCCUCUCCCGACUCCUCACGAAAGGAGACGGCAAGAGCUCUGCAGUCUGAUGACCAAAUGCCCUUAUAUGUGCUUAGUAUUCAGGAGAGGGCUGAGCAAUUGGCCUCUCAGUUUGAGGGCAAACCAGUUGGACCACAGACUAAGAAAAAGCCCUCACGCUUUUUUAUGGAUCAGUGGCACCUGGUCCGAGCUCCCCCCAUCUCUUCCCCCUCUUCCUCUGACACUUCGAGACAGCGCUAUGUAAGGAUGUACACUGGGGGAGUUAGCUCACUGGCUGAGCAGAUAGCCAGUCAGCUUCCGUCUCAGGAAGAACCCAAGCCCGUACCUGAAAAGAGGGAUUUGGGCUCCCUCCGAAAAGAGUUCCCCGUCAACAUCGGAGGCAGCGACGUUUGCUUCUUCUGUCGGAAGCGCGUGUACGUGAUGGAGAGGCUCAGCGCGGAGGGGAAGUUCUUCCAUCGCAGCUGCUUUAAGUGCGACUACUGUGGCACCACACUACGACUGUCCUCCUAUGCCUUUGAUGUGGAGGACGGGAAAUUUUACUGCAAGCCCCACUACUGUUACCGGCUCUCAGGCUAUGCUCAGAGAAAGAGGCCUGCUCCCUCCCCUCCUCCAAUCACAGCUAAGGAGAGCCUCAUGCCCCAAACACCCGUGGCGACCGUAGAUGCCCCCGGAAGGGCGAUGGCAGCCGCAGCCCCAUCAGCUGAGCUCCAGCCCUCAGGAGCAGAGAUCAAUGGACUGCAGGAGCCGAGCCUGGCUAAACGACUGCGGGGAACGCCGGAGCGCAUUGAGCUGGAGAACUACCGUCUGUCCCUGCAGAGGGAGGAGGAGCUGGAGGAGGUGCCCGAGGAGACGCUGGCAGAGCACAACCUCAGCAGUGUGCUGGACAAGGCCACAGAUGCUGACUUAGGCUCCAGUAGCUCAGAGUCUGACAUGGAUGAGGAGGAUGAGCAAGAGGAUCAGGAUCAGGACCAGGAGGAGGUGGAGCAGCAGCUUUAUAGUCCCUCGGACCUCGGCGGUGUUCCCUGGAAGGAGGCGGUGGAGCUCCAUGCCAAACUGAGGGGAGACCCCUGUGACGAGGAGGAGGAGGGUGAUGCUCUGGGUGACGCAGUCAGCAGAGAUGGUGAAAUAGACGAAGAUGAGGAGGAGGAGGAAGAAGAGGAUGAUGAAGAUGAUGAGGAGUCAAGUGAAGAGGGAGAUUACUGCCCCUGGGACAGAGAGCUCCAGUCUGGCCUUUGGCUGGAGAAGUACCUCACAGAUGAAGAGGAUGUUGGUACAUUUAAAGCUAGGAACCUACAGAUUCAGCAGCUCUUGCAGCCGGUGGAUCCCCAAGCCAUUCCGAGUCUGGUGAGAACUCACCGGGCCUCUGAGGGAGACCAGGACGGCCAGCUGGCCUCGGCCUCCCAACUCUCGCAACCCUCUGAACUCACACAGCCCUCCUCCACAGCACCUGCCCACACAUCCGCCCGACACGAGGCAGUGAGAGUCUGGUUGGAGUCCAUGUCUGGAGAGCCUUGUGAGGACGAAGACCUUGAAGCAGAGGCAGACACCCCGGAAAUGGAGCCUGGCACGGAGAUGGAUCAAGAUGACAUCCCUUCAGAUGCGGAGGCUGAGGCUCGUUUGCAACGAGAGCAGGGCGAAGGACUUCUUGAAGACGACGAGAAAUCAGAAAGUGGGGGGAAAGCUUACAGCAUUGAACCGUCCAGCAUCGGCCCGAUUCAGAAGGACGACGUCGUCCUUUCCCCUUUCAAACUGUCACCACAACCUGAGACACAGAUACCUCUUGUGAUAUCUCCUGACACCCGCUUUUUCCCAGAUCCUUUCAUACCUGAGGAAACCAAGCCUGAGGGGAUGACGCCGCCUUCUCCAGCUGCUAGGAGCCCCCUGUGCCCUUCACAUGUCCCUUCUCCUUCUCUGGGCACUUCUCCCGUCAAUGACUUUACUACAUUGGCACCCAGUUCUCCCACUAAAUCACCUGCUGCCUCUCCAAUCACGCCAGGAAUUAAGUCACCUGUCAGUUACACCGUCAAGUCUCCCGUUGGCUCACCCAUGUGCUCCCAGCCCAUACUGCUCCCAGAGGCUUGCACUCCUAAAUCUCCAGUUUACCCCCACUCUAUUUGCCCUCUCACAGGUAACCCUCUCUCCCCACUUUGUGCCCAGCCUCUGCCUUGUCAUGAGCCGUCGUCGCCGCUCACCUCAGACUCACCUGUUAGAACGCAGCCAGUUCCCGCGGUCACUUCAACACCCAUGAACAAAACUGACAAGGGCACGCCCGAGCCUCCAAAGUCUAUAGACUCCUCAACAGAGGAGAGCUCAUCUAAAAAAUCAGAUAUCAUUGAGGAGUUUUGGCUCAAGAGUGCUGAGAUAAGAAAGAGCCUUGGUUUGACUCCUUUGGAUCGCAGUAGUAAAAUCUUAGAGAAGAGUGUCGAAAAGGCUCCGACACAGGACCCAACUCCUGUAAAGACAGAGUCUCCUGAUAUGUUGGAGGGGCAGAAGCCUGCCUUUACUGGUCGCACUGUUAUUCGCAGACUGAACAUCACUCUCGAGGGUCAGGUCAUUACACCCCUCGCUCCUGUGGAGCCCAAGGGCAAAGGCUCUGAUAAGCGGGACCUCAGCAGCAGCUCUGGCCUGGGCCUGAAUGGUAGCAUGGCCACCAGCCAGACAGCGAACAGUGACAGCUACAGUAUGUCUGACUCCACUAUGCUCACGCCACCCUCCAGCCCGCCACCGCCUGUGCCUGCUAAUCAGUCGCCAGCUGUGCUCCGACAGCAGAGACACCAAGUGUCCUGGAGCAACGGGACAGAAAAACGUCCAUCGGAGCGUGCCAAAGAGCCGGCCAAAACCAAGACUCCAGUCCCUGCUCCAAGGACCCAGCUGAGUCCUGUGUCUGCGCCCAAGCCUGCACCAAGGAAAGUCUCAUCACCACAGGCAGAACCAGAGCCAACUCCCGUGGUUGUCAUGAGGGAGAAGAAGAAGCCUCGACCGGCGGAGGCGAGGAAGUCUUUUGUGGAUACCGUGGAGGAGAUUCCAUUUGCUGAUGACGUGGAGGAGACGUAUGACGAACGGACACCAGAGACGAGCAUGAACAGGUAUGUUACACCGCCCACUAGCAGGCCCGGCAGAGAAAAACCCCCGCUGCACCUGGCUCUAGCAAUGGAAAACGGCAAACCCAAUAUCGCAAGCAAUGCCGUUAUCAAGCAACAAAGGGCAACUCAGUUCUCCACCGAGGCCAAGGAGAUCGCCGAGGAAAGAAUAAGGGCCAGAGAAAAGUCUGUCAAGAGCCAGGCACUGAAAGAUGCCAUGGCCAAGCAGCUCAACAAAAUGAAAGAAUCUGACAUCGACAAGGGUGCCAUACCCAAGGUAGCAUGGAGUGUGACCCCAGAUACCGCCACUAAAAGUAAGAAGUCAGCCGGCUCACCCAAGACAUCGGCCGUGAAAGCCCUGGAGUCGAAGAAGGCGGAGACUCUGCCAGAGCGCUUCUUCAGCAGCAGCAAGAGCCUCGACAGCUCGGUGGUUUCGUCUGACGGCUCCUCUACAAGCAAGAGCAAGAAAAGGAGCUCCCUCUUCUCGCCACGCAAGAAUAAGAAGGAGAAAAAAGCCAAGAAUGACGGCAGCAGGCUCUCUGGUGCGGAAGAGACGCCGCCCAAACACAAGUCUUUAUGGAAGGCCGUGUUCUCAGGGUACAAGAAGGACAAGAAGAAGAAGGGGGAGAAAUUGUGUCCGGGUUCGCCGUCCUCGAGCUCCACCACUCAGGACUCUGGGAAAAAGAGAGCAUCGUCUCCUGGGACAUCGUCAGACUUAAAAACGCGCAGAAACUUGAGCUUCUCCGAGGACUCGGACCUCUCCUGUGAUGACGUUCUGGAGAGAUCCUCCCAGAAGUCAAAGGCAGACCGACAUACGGACAUCUUUGACCUAGUGUCAGACAUGCAAAAGGGAGCGAUUCAGGAGGAGAAACUGCACAAGGAGAAAAGGAGAGAGUUAAAGGAGAAAAGGAGGGUGAAAGAGAGGCAUAAAGAGAUAGAGCGGGAAAACGAGGUUGAUCACGAAAAGAAGGAGAAAGACGACGAGGAGUCUGUUUAUGUUCCUCACGCACUGGCGUUCAAGAGAUCAUACGCCACAAAGAAAACCUACACAGAAGAAGAGCUGAACGCCAAGCUCACACGGCGAGUGCAGAAAGCUGCGCGGCGACAAGCCAAGCAGGAGGAGCUCAAGAGGCUGCACAGAGCCCAGAUUAUCCAGAGACAGUUGGAGCAGGUGGAGGAGAAGCAGCGGCAGCUGGAGGAGAGGGGCGUCGCUGUGGAGAAAGCGUUGCGAGGAGAAGCAGGAUUGUAUAAAGGUACUUAUACGUUACCCAAACAGCACAAAAGAAGAUCAGACUAUUGGGGAGAUUCUAAUUACAGUGAAAUCCUGGACUUGCAUCUGGGCGUUGAGCCCUUUGUGGGGAUGCCACGCCGAAGACCCCUCUCCUUCUGCCUCUGCUGUUCCCCUGAAGGCAUGGGCAAGAAGGACGACCCUAAACUAAUGCAAGAGUGGUUCAAGCUCGUCCAAGAGAAGAAUGCCCUGGUCCGCUAUGAGUCAGAACUCAUGAUAUUUGCUAGAGAGCUGGAGCUGGAGGACCGACAGAGCCGACUGCAGCAGGAACUCAGGGAACGGAUGGCUGUGGAAGAUCACCUGAAGACAGAGAAGGAGCUUGCUCAGGAGAAGCAGAUUCUGAAUGAGAUGUUGGAGGUGGUGGAGCAGCGUGACGCCCUGGUGGCCCUCCUGGAGGAGCAGAGGCUUCGGGAGAAGGAGGAAGACAAGGACCUAGAGGGUGUCAUGCUCUCAAAAGGCUUCAAUCUCAACUGGGCUUAAAAGGGAGUGAAGCACUAGCUUAAUAUCAUCAUCUUUGAUCAAAGUAGCCUGCUGAACAUGGACUCUGGCAGUUGGUUCUGAAACUGUCACACCUGCAGCAGUGAAUGUGUUACGAUUAUUUCCCGACACACACACACACACACACACACAAUGGCUGCCUCUGAAAGUGAGGCGACCUGCCACGUUUACAUAACUUCCCGCUGAAAUGCAGUCCUGCAGUUUUGCUUGUGCUCGCUGUCUGUGGGUGGAGAGGCAAGUACAUUCUCCACGUUAUCAUCACAGGCCUGAAGCGGAUCCUCUCAAACAGGUGAGGGCCUUUGGGAGGACGUUUAAAAGACUUGUUUCAUUCUUGACUAUCUAAAGGGAAGAGUGCAGUUUGGUCCUGCUGAUGUAAAGGAAUUGUAAAGCAUUGUGUUUUUUUCCGUGUACAGUAGUGUAGAGCAAGUCGGAUCAUUUUCAGCAGACGGUUUUUCCCCCUCUCUCUGAACAUUACUGGCAACCGAGGUGUGAAUAACUGCUCAGUCCGUCUGUAGGAAGGACGUCCUCCGCCCAAGCUACCUAUCUACCCGACGACGGACUGACUUCUGCAUCCGUACGAACCACAAAGACACUAUGUGAAAGGCACUCGCUUGAGUCAACCAUUAAAUAUGGACACGUCUUUAUGUAUUUAGGAGUUUUGUUAGCUUUUGACAGAUAAACACUUUUUGGAGAUUUUUUGACAGCAGAGUGCCCAGAAACCCAUUAUCUUGCACUUGUGCAAAACUCUCAUGCAUCCAUUAGCCACUGCAUGUCAGGAAUGAAGGCUGCAGACAUAAAAGAGAACUUUACAGCUAGACAGAAUACAGAUCUACACUAUAAAUGAAUAUUAAGACACUUCACAUGACUCGGGUAAUGAUGGGCUUUGUUGUCGGAUGCUGCUCAGUGUAUAUAUCACACUGACUGCUUCUGUUGACAAACACCCUUAUUCAAUAUUGGAUUUUGUUCUUUAGGUUUUCUGCUUUGAUGAACAGCAGCGAGUUAAAUUGACUGUUGACAGGAUUAUAAUGAGAAGAACUCUGUUUUCGGGUUCAUUUAACAUUGUGAUGUCUAUUAUCAUUCAUGAAUCUGAUUUCACUGUUAUUUAAUGGCAGAUCGGUGUAGCUCAUGUCACUCAUUCUGUGCCACAGGACUGUCUCUGCUGGUGGAUAUGCAAUAUUUAAGGAGUACACCGCAGGAUCACACGCACUAGAUAACACGUAGAUCAGUAUAUGGCAGUGUUAAUCCUUUACCCUUGAACAAAAUGCCUUUUUUCAUUUUAAUUACCCAUAUUUAAUUUAUGUUUUUGAGGUAGUCAUGUCUGUGCAUCCCACUGGAACUCAAGUUUUUUUUUUUUCCCUCUUUUUCAAAUAUUUACACUACAGCAGUUCUCCAAGCGAACAAAGAUUUUUAAUAGGACACUGAAGCAAAGUGCUUUAUGAGCAACUUGCAUCUGACAGAAACAUUAUGGUUUAUCUGGGGGGCAGUCAAAUCUUACAGCCUUUUUUUUUUGACAACUGUAAAGAAAUCCAGGUGGUCACUGUUUUAUGGCACAGAAACACUAGAGGCUAUAUUUAUGACUCUGUAUGAGCUGUAAAUAAACAAAGUGUUACAUAAUUUUAAGGGUUGUUGUUUUAGUGUUUUAGUUUAACAUGUGUGCAAACUGUAUUAUAUGUAAAGAAAAUGAAUUCUAAUUUUUAAACUGUUCUGUUGACACAUGACUCAAAAAUGUAAAUGCUUCAUGUAGCUAAAAUGCUUAGGGGUGUUGGAUGUAUGCUGGAAACGGCAAUAAAACAAUGCAGUUCUUUUAAA